AUGUCCCGCGAAAGUAUGUCGGUAUCAGGUCAGGCUCCAACGGCGCCUACGGGCAUUUCGCCCUCGUUGCGGAAUGCCCUAGCCGACAGUGUGCCUUCCCGUGCUCCAUCGCCUGCCCCACCUGUGACACUAGCUCCUGUGGGUCAUGAACAUGCGCCCAGGAUGGUAUUGGAACUUGCAGACAAGACCGAGCUCCAGGGCAUCAGCUUCGGUGCCGAGGGCAAGAGCGUCUCGGGUGAAUGUGUGUUCCAGACAGGUAUGGUGGGCUAUGUCGAGUCGCUGACGGAUCCGUCGUACGAGGGACAGAUUCUCGUGCUGACGUAUCCGCUCGUUGGCAACUAUGGUGUGCCUGCGCGCCCUGCCUCGGACGAUGAGGUUCCGAAGCUCAAGGCGCCGUUUGAGUCCUCGCGGAUCCAUGUGGCAGCGCUCGUGGUCGCCUAUUACAGCCACGACUUUAGCCACUAUCUUGCGGCUUCAGGCUUGAGUGACUGGCUCAAGGAGCAGGGCGUCCCAGCCGUCUACGGCAUCGACACCCGCGCACUCACGAAGCGCAUCCGCACGAAGGGAAGUAUGCUGGGUCGGCUGCUCGCCCUGCAGCCGCAUGCCCCUAUGGAUGAGAACAACUGGCGCCAGCGCAUGAUCGACGUGCCUUGGCACGAUCCGAACGGCGAAAACCUCGUGGCGCGUGUGUCGCGCAAGACGUCGAUGCUCUUUACGCCACAGGACACGCAGCCCGCCGGUCUGCGCGAGGCGAACGAACCGACACUCAUGCAUGCCAGCGGCCGUCCGAUCCGCAUCAUGGCGCUGGAUCUCGGCAUGAAGCGGAACCAAAUUCGGUGCUUCACGUCACGUGGCGUGGAACUCAAAGUCGUGCCCUUUGACCAUGAUAUCCUGUCGGAGACCGAACCGUAUGACGGUCUGUUCCUCUCGAAUGGUCCUGGUGAUCCCACACACUGCAUGUCGACGGUCGAGCGCGUCCGUGCGCUGAUCUCGCGGAAGACGGAUGUGAUCCCUGUGUUUGGUAUCUGUCUUGGUCACCAGAUCCUGGCCCUGGCUGCUGGCGCGCGCACGACCAAGAUGAAGUACGGCAACCGUGGCCAAAACAUUCCCUGCACGGACCAGCUCUCGGGUCGCUGUUAUAUCACGUCGCAGAACCACGGCUAUGCUGUCGAUGCCGCGUCUCUGCCGGCCGACUGGGCAGAGCUGUUUGUGAAUGCGAAUGACCACAGCAACGAGGGUAUCUACUGCCAGACGGCGCCGUUUUUCAGUGUGCAGUUCCAUCCAGAGAGCACGCCGGGUCCGCGCGACACCGAGUUUCUGUUUGAUGUGUUUGUGCGCUCGGUGGUGGACCACGCUGCGAUUCGGGGUCCGCAGACGGUUGGCCCUGUGGCGUUCCCUGGCGGUCGUCGUGAGGAGCAUGAGGCGCGCUUCCAGCGUCUGCGUCCCAAAAAGGUACUGGUGCUGGGCAGUGGUGGUCUGAGCAUCGGCCAGGCGGGUGAGUUUGACUACAGUGGCUCGCAGGCGAUCAAGGCCCUCAAGGAGGAGGGCAUUUACACGGUCCUGAUCAACCCGAACAUCGCGACGAUCCAGACGUCGACGGGUCUUGCCGACAAGGUGUACUUUUUGCCCGUGACGCCUGAGUUCGUGCUCAAGGUGCUGCAGCACGAGCGUCCGGAUGGUAUUUACUGCACGUUCGGUGGUCAGACGGCCCUGAACGUCGGUAUCCAGCUGAAUGACGAGUUUGAGAAGCUGGGCGUCAAGAACCUCGGCACGCCGAUCGAGACGAUCCUCAAGACCGAGGACCGCGACCUGUUUGCCCAGGCGAUGGAAGAGAUCAACGAGCACUGUGCGCCGAGUGCGAGUGCGAACAACUGGGACGAGGCUCUGCAGGCUGCGCGCUCGAUCGGCUUCCCGGUGAUUGUGCGGGCGGCCUUUGCCCUCGGUGGUCUGGGCUCGGGCUUUGCGAAGGACGAGGACGAGCUGCGCCAACUGUGCAACACGGCUUUUGCCAACAGCCCGCAGGUGCUGGUCGAGAAGAGUAUGCGUGGCUGGAAGGAAAUUGAGUACGAGGUCGUGCGUGACUGCCGCGACAAUUGCAUUACGGUGUGCAAUAUGGAGAACUUGGACCCGCUGGGUGUGCACACGGGCGACUCGAUUGUCGUGGCGCCGAGCCAGACGCUCUCUGACGAAGACUUCCACAUGCUGCGCACGACGGCCGUGAAUGUGAUCCGCCACCUUGGCGUGGUCGGUGAAUGCAACAUUCAGUACGCGCUGAACCCGCACUCGCGUGAAUACUGCAUCAUUGAGGUGAAUGCGCGUCUGUCGCGCUCGUCGGCGCUCGCGUCCAAGGCGACGGGCUACCCGCUGGCGUUUGUCGCGGCGAAGCUCGGUCUCAACAUCCCGCUGAACGAGCUGCGCAACUCAGUGACGCGCGAGACGUGUGCGUGCUUUGAGCCGAGUCUCGACUAUGUGGUGACCAAGAUUCCGCGCUGGGAUCUGCGCAAGUUUUUGCGCGUGAGCUCCAAGCUCGGCAGCAGCAUGAAGAGUGUCGGUGAGGUCAUGGCGAUUGGCCGCACGCUGGAAGAGAGUCUGCAAAAGGCCAUCCGCUCUGUCGAUCCCUCGUUCGCCGGCUUUAGCCAGAACGAUUUGGUGGACGACGCGGAGAUUGAGGAGGAGCUGGCGUCUCCGACGGACCGCCGCAUCUUUGCCUUGGCGAAUGCGCUCUCGAACGGCAUGAGUAUCGAGCGCAUCCACGAGCUGAGCAGCAUUGACCGCUGGUUCCUCAGCAAGCUGGCGGGCAUCAUCGCGACGGCGAAGGCCAUGGAGCGCAGUGGCGCCGCGCAGAUCCCGGCGGACCUGCUGCGCCAUGCGAAGCAGCUCGGCUUCUCGGACCACCAGAUUGCGCGCUACUCGGCGAGCACGGAGCUCGCUGUGCGCCGCCGCCGCCAGGAGCUGGGCAUCAUGCCGUUUGUGAAGCAGAUCGACACGGUCGCGGCCGAGUUCCCAGCGCACACGAACUACCUGUACACGACGUACAACGCGCUGGAGCACGACGUGAGCUUUGACGACCAGGGCGUGAUGGUGCUCGGCUCGGGUGUCUACCGCAUCGGCUCGUCGGUCGAGUUCGACUGGUGCGCCGUGCGUGCGAUUCGCACGCUGCGUGCGAAGGGCUUCAAGGCGGUCAUGGUCAACUACAACCCCGAGACGGUGUCGACGGACUAUGACGAGGCGGACCGCCUGUACUUUGAGAACAUCUCGCUCGAGACUGUGCUGGACAUUUACGAGAUGGAACAGAGCGCGGGCGUGAUCAUCUCGAUGGGCGGCCAGGUGCCGAACAACAUUGCGCUGCCGCUGCACCGCCAGGGCGUCAAGGUGCUCGGCACGUCGCCCGAGAUGAUCGACAACGCCGAGAACCGCUACAAGUUCUCGCGCAUGCUCGACCGCCUCGGCGUCGACCAGCCGAUGUGGAAGGAGCUCUCGUCGCUCGAGGACGCCCACAGCGCGUGUGCGCGCUUCGGCUACCCGGUGCUGGUGCGCCCGUCGUACGUGCUCAGUGGCGCGGCGAUGAACGUCGUCUACUCGCCCGAGGACCUCAGCAGCUACCUGUCGCAGGCGACGGCCGUGAACCGCGAGCACCCGGUCGUGAUCACCAAGUACCUCGAGGGCGCGAAAGAGAUUGAGAUGGACGCCGUCGCGAAGGACGGCAAGCUGGUCAUGCACUACAUCUCGGAGCACGUCGAGAAUGCCGGCGUCCACUCGGGCGAUGCGACGCUCAUUAUGCCGCCGCAGGACCUCGAGGCCGCGACGGUGCGCCGCAUCGAGCAUGCCACGAGCAUGAUCGUGGCGGCGCUCAACGUGACGGGCCCGUGCAACAUCCAGUUCAUCGCGAAGAACAACGAGAUCAAGGUGAUCGAGUGCAAUGUGCGUGCCGCCCGCUCGUUCCCCUUCGUGUCGAAGGUCACGGGCGUCGACGCGAUCGAGAUGGCGACGUGCGCGAUGAUGGGCCUGGACUUGCAGGCGUAUCCCCCGGUCGACAUGCCGCGCGACUACGUCGGCAUCAAGGUGCCGCAGUUCUCGUUCUCGCGCCUUGGCGGUGCCGACCCGAUCUUGGGCGUCGAGAUGGCGUCGACGGGCGAGGUCGCGUGCUUCGGGCGCAACAAGUACGAGGCGUACCUGCGCGCGCUCCUCGCCAGUGGCAUGCGCAUGCCGACAAACAACGUGCUCCUGAGCAUCGGCCCGUACAGCGAGAAGCAGGAGCUCCUGCCGUCCGUGCGCACGCUCCACCAGCUCGGCUUCACGCUGUACGGCUCGUCCGGCACGGCCGACUUUUACUCCGAGAACGGCAUCCCCGUCAUCCACCUCGAGGCGCUGCCCGAGGACGAGGACUGGCGCGGCGAGCAGGGCAACAAGGCGUCGUACUCGCUGCUCACGCACCUCACGCAGGGCCGCAGCUCCCUGUUCAUCUCGCUGCCGAGCAAGAACAAGUACCGCCGCCCGUCGUCGUUCACGUCCAUGGGCUACCGCGCGCGCCGCCUCGCCAUCGACCGCUCGAUCCCUCUCGUGACGAACGUCAAGAACGCCAAGCUCUUUGUCGAGGCCCUCGCCGUCCACCGCCGCCAGGGCAACGAGUUCCAUCUCUUGCCCGUCGACGCCAAAACGUCGCAUGUCACGUGCUCGUUCCCCGGCCUCGUGCAGCUCCAGGCCGUCGUGCCGGCGCUCACGAAGGACGCCGUGGCCGCGUAUACGCGCGCGGCCGCGCGCGGUGGGUUCACGUCGAUCGUGUUUGCGCCUCUUGGUGCGCAGAGCGCGAUCGUCGACGACGCGUCGCUGUCGGCCGCCGAGGCGGCGCUCGACGGCUCGUGUGCGAUUGACGCGUCGCUCACGCUGCUCGCGACGCCCGAGCAUGUCGACGAGCUGCCUGCGCUCGCUGCGCGUGUGCGCGCCUUGUACGUGUCGUACGCGGGCGAGGCGCAAGUGCACAGCGCGCGCACGGCGAACGUCGCUGCGUACUUUGCGCACUGGCCCGAGGACAAGCUCAUCAUCACCGACGCGGCCGGCGCGCAUCUCGCGUCGGCGCUGCUCCUUGCGAGUCUGCAUCGCCGUGCGCUCCACGUCACGAACGUGCGCACGCGCGACGACGUGCAGCUCAUUGCGCUCUCGAAGAAGCAGGGCCUGCGUGUGACGUGCGACGUCGCCGUGUACGCUCUCUUCUUCUCGAGCGACAUGUACCCGAUGGCCUCGUGCCUGCCGUCGUCGAGCGACCAGGCCGCGCUCUGGGAGCAUCUCGAGCACGUGGACGCACUCUCGGUCCACACGGUCCCGCACGACCUGGCCGUGCAGACGGGUCACACGCCCAGCCAGCCGGUCGCGGGUCUCGACGACAGCGUGCGUCUGCUGCUGCAGGCCGUGAACGACGGCCGUCUCACGCUCGACUUUAUCGAGUCGCGCCUGUGCACGAACCCACGCACCAUCUUCCAGCUGCCCGAGCAGCCGCACACGCACGUGUUUGCCGAAGUCGACCGCAUCGCUCAGGACGACGAGCAGGCCGGUGUGUGGUCGCCUGUGCAGGCAGCUGCGCUGCGCGGCACCAUCAACCGCGUCGAGGUGCGUGGCCAGACGAUCAUGCUCGAUGGCAGGUGGCAGACGGACGCGCCGCUCGGCUCGAACGUGAGUGCCGUCGCGCCGCCGAUCAAGGCCGCGGCCGCCGCGGCCGAGACGCCUGCGAUGCCGGCGGUGCCCGCGUCGCCGUCGUGGCCCGCGCGCUCGCCGUUCCACCGCGCCGCGCGCGGCAUGGCUCCGAUGGACGAGCUGCGUCUCGAUCCGAUCGCCGGCCCCGCGCCCGCGACGCAGCUGUCGCUCUACCAUCCGUCGCUGUCGCGCCGCCACAUCUUGUCGGUGCGCCAGUUCACGCGCGACGACUUGCACGCGCUCUUUGCUGUCGCGCAGGAGAUGCGCUUCCUCGUGCAGCGCCACGGCACGCUCGACAUUCUGCGCGGCCGGCUCCUGUCGACGCUCUUUUACGAAGAGUCGACGCGCACGUCGUCGUCGUUUGAGGCGGCGAUGCUGCGCUGCGGUGGACAGGUCGUGUCGAUCAACACGUCGCGCUCGUCGGUGGCCAAGGGCGAGACGCUCGCGGACACGGUGCGCACGCUCGGCUGCUACAGCGACGUGAUUGUGCUGCGUCAUCCCGCGGUCGGCUCGUCGCAGGAGGCGGCGAAGUUCUCGCCCGUGCCGAUCAUCAACGCGGGCGACGGUGUCGGCGAGCACCCGACGCAGGCGCUGCUCGAUGUGUUUACGAUCCGCGAGGAGCUCGGCACCGUGAAUGGCCUCACGGUCACGAUGCUCGGCGACCUCAAGAACGGCCGCACGACGCACUCGCUCGUGCGCCUCCUGUCGCUGUACGGCGUGCGCGUCAACUUUGUGAGCCCUCCGUCGCUCGAGAUGCCCCGCGAGGUGAUUCGCGAGGUGCUCAAGCUCGGCAUGCCCGUGUACGAGACGGCGAACCUCGACGAGGUCAUCGGCAAGACGGACGUGCUGUACGUGACGCGCAUCCAGCGCGAGCGCUUUGCGUCGCCCGAAGAGUACGAGGCCGUCAAGGGCUGCUACGUCGUCAACAACGAUGUGCUCGCUCGCGCCAAGCCCGACAUGGUCGUCCUGCAUCCCCUGCCGCGCGUCGACGAAGUCGACUUGGAGGUCGACUUUGACAUCAAGCGCGCCGCGUACUUCCGCCAAAUGCGCUGCGGCCUGUUCAUCCGCAUGGCGCUCCUGGCCAUGGUCCUGCAGUCGCCGGCCUAG